GCAAGAAGUUGAAAAGGACGCUCAAGAUGAAAGAUCGUUUGCCCGACCCCAAAGCAGACGAGGCCAUGUGACAGUCCUUCGGAAUGGUCCUCAUUAAUCGUUGCUGCUGUUGGAACUCAGUCAGGAAGGGUAGUUUUGCCAGUGGAAUUUUUACCCUGUGUGUGUAUUUGUUUCUAUUCGUCAUCUCGGUUUUCAAUGUCAACACAUCGGCUGAAUCUAUAGAGCUGCUGAUACUGAACAUAAUUUGUCUCAUAUUUUCAUUUUUCUGCGUCGCCUCAUCUGUGAUUCUCUUUGUUGGUCUUUGUGUGGACAACCGAUUAUUUCUCCUGCCUUGGGUCGCCUCCGUCUCAGCUGCCACAAUAUUGGAACUAGCUGCUGCAUUCUAUAUGCUACAAGACACGAUUGAAAAUCCAUGGAUCCUUAUCUUGUUUGGAACAGAUCUUUCCUUCUGUCUUGUUAGUGUGUACUGCAUUGUGUGUGUUAUUUCACAAUAUCAACAAUACCUGUCCGGCAGGGGUAGAGCAGGACAGCAUGCUAAUGGACCGCCAAUACCAACUGUCCGUUUCCAGCCAAGCGUGGGAGGUAUAUCCCAAACCAAAACAGUGCCAUCCAUCUCCUUCCAGGUGACACGACAGAAUGGCACCUGCUGCAGGAGUGCUGGUGGUCUACUAACCGUACCAACACCCAAUACGUCCAGCAUGUCCAACAAAUCAAUGGGACAGACGGACAUGAGUUCGAUAUCGGAUGAACCCAGUUCCGAAGUGUCUCGGUUCGGCCGCAGCAGCACAGACGAGACUGGGGAUGACGAAGAUUCGAACGAUAGAACAGUUUACAAUUCUGUUUUACUGAGAAAAAUGAACUCACCUCCCAGCAUCAUAUUGGAAAGUGACGAAACAGCAAUUAAUGAAGAAAAUCAGUGUUGAAAAAAAUUUUAAAAAAAAAUGUUAUAGCUUUUCAACUCGAUGGUGAGAUGGGUGAAAUAUCCAUUUUUUGUUUUGUUUUAUGGUUGAUUUUCAACCCCAUAUGAAUUUUCUGAAUUGGUUCGAUGUUUUAUGACACUGGUGUAAGAAUUUAAGUGAAUUUGCAGACUUGGUCGAUUAUCUCCAG